AACAGUAUGGUUUUCAAUCACAAACCAAGUAUGGAUUUUUAGAUCCAAGUUGGAUUCAACCGAAACUGGUGACUAGAAAUGAGAGGAUAAAGUAUAUAAGUGAAACCAUGGGAUAUGGUGAGAUGAAAGAUUGCUAUUUAGGCCCAUAUAAUUUCGAGUAAGCAUUUGAUUAUGUUUUAAAAUACAAUACCUUAUAUAUAAUAUACUAUAAACUAAUAAAAUUCUUAUUUGUAGGGGGCAUUGGAUGUUGAUGGCUAUUUGUCCUAAAUUAUAUGAAAUCUAUUGGUUUGAUUCCACUGGUAAUCCGCCACGUGAUGAUAUUAAAGAUAUAGUUGAAACGUCUUUGAAGGCAACAAGCAUAAUAGGUGGAAAGAAAGCAAGUCGUCAAGUAAAAUGGAUUACAUGUUCGUGUGCCAUACAAAGAGGAGGUACCGAAUGCGGAUAUUAUGUGAUGAAAUUCAUUUUGGAAAUCAUUUCAUUGGGAACAUGCAAGGGAAUGAAUAAGCUUUUGGAGAGACAAGGAAGAUUGCCAUACAAUCAAAAAGAAAUUGAUGAAGUUAGAGACAUAUGGUGCCAAUAUUUAGUUGAUGAAUGGAUUGAUAGAUUACUUCUUUAGCUUGAUGAAUUGUGAGAUUUAUGU